AUGGUUCAACAGCACGGUGACGAGCACCACAUUCCCCAGGAGGAUCAUGUCGUGCGGGCGGGAGCUUGGCUUCCCACCGACCACCGCAUCCACAGCGCCUGGCUGGGCGAGCAGAUCAAGGAUGCGAAGAAGCACUCCAAAGAGCUCGCGCCCGUCCUGAAGGACUUCAAGGCGUUCAUUGAGAACAACCCGCGCAUCUACAUGUACUUCCAUGCCAUGUUCGACGAGGUGCCCGUCAAGAAGCCCUACAACAAAGACCCCACCGGCCGCAAGCAGAUCCACGACUACCACCACAUGCUCGAGGUGCUCAACCACACCUUCACCACCGCCCCGCAAUGGACCGACGCGGCCGCCAACGUCGGCAUGGUCGGCGUGCCCAUGUGCGCCAUCUUCGACUACCCCAUGGGCACCGCCUCCGGCUACGCCGCCUUCCUCGACCCGGAAGUCAACCAGCACCUCAAGAAAAUCCUCAACGAGUGGGGCAAGUUCCUCAUGAGCCCCAAGUCCGCCGAGGUGCUCAACGACCACAAGUUUGGCUGGUUCGGGCCCGUGGGCACAAAAGACGUCAUGGAGGUCGCCAAUGCCCCCUACAAGACCUCCUACACCUUCGAGGAGUUCUACCACUGCGACCCCAAGGCCAAGCACCACGGCUACAAAUCGUGGGACGACUUCUUCACCCGCCGCUUCCGCGAGGAGGUGCGCCCUGUCGCGUCGCCGGAUGACGACAACGUCAUCAACAACGCUUGCGAGAGCAAGGUGUUCAACGUGUCGCACAAUGUCAAGCUGCGGGACAAGUUCUGGAUCAAGGCCCAGCCCUACUCCAUCCUCGACAUGCUGGCCCACGACCCGCUGGCGGAGAACUUUGCCGGCGGAACCGUGUACCAGGCCUUCCUGUCCGCCCUGUCCUACCACCGCUGGCACGCUCCCGUGAGCGGCACCAUCAAGAAGGCCUUCGUCCAGGAUGGCACCUACUUCUCCGAGCCCCUCUUCGAAGGCCUGGGCGACCACAACAACACCGAAAUCAACGCAGGCGGCAUCGCCGUCGGCCAAGGCUACCUGACCUCCCUGGCCACGCGCGCCGUCAUCUUCAUCGAAGCCGACAACCCGGCCAUCGGCCUCAUGGCCUUCAUCGGCAUCGGCAUGGACGAGGUCUCCACCUGCGACAUCACCGUCAAGGAGGGCCAGCAUGUCAAGAAGGGCGAGCAGACGGGUAUGUUCCACUUUGGUGGCAGCUCGCAUUGCUUGCUGUUCCGGAAGCAUGUCAAGGUUGAGGGCUUCCCUGAGCCGGGGCGGUCGGCCAAUGUGCCGGUCCGGAGCCAGUUGGCGGUUGUGAAGGCUUAG